UGCUGAUCGCAGCACAGAAGGGAAGGAGUAUCCUAACAACCAACAAAACACUACACUUUCAAAGAGAUCCACUCGGCUCAGGAGCUAACCUUAUUGUUGGCUAUCAAUUCCUCUGCAACUGAAGCCACACAUACACACGGUCGGAUGCUGGAUUUAUCCAUUCAAGGGCAUGCUUAACCAACUGGAUUACACCCCAUUAUUAUUUUUGCUGCUCCAGACUGGGGGUUUUGCUUAAAAGAAGAUCAGAAUCUUUUAUGUGUGAUUUGUUGUAAAUUUUUAUACUUUUUUUUGAUUAUUGCUCAUUUUAUCCGAGCUGCGCAUCAAUUUUGGGAGUAAUAUUGAUUUCCAACGGACUUUUGGAAGCAAGGCAAGGAGAUGAAGGUGGAUCCUAUUCGCAUCUUUGGCUUGACGUUUCUCUUAAUACUUGUGAAGCAGGUAUCUAGCUCCGGGGUCUUCCAGCUGGAACUUCAUGAGUUUAUCAAUACCAAUGGGAUGUUGGUGAAUGGAAAGUCCUGUUUACCCAACUGCAGGACCUUCUUCAAGAUUUGCUUGAAACAUUACCAGACGGUGGUCUCCCCUGGAUCCUGCACCUUUGGCAGCGUCAUCACUCCAGUCCUUGGAUCCAACACCUUCAGCAUCAAAGGGAUGGAAGGCUUCACCAACCCCAUCAGGUUGCCCUUUAACUUCACAUGGCCGAAAACUUUUUCACUGAUCGUCGAAGCCUUUCAUUCGCCUACAGACCUCAAUCCGCAAGAAAUGAAGAUCGGUCAGUUUACCAUCCAAAAACCUCUUAAUGUGGGGGAAGAAUGGUCAAGAGAUGUGCAGUCAGGAGACCCACAGAUCCAGCUAAGAUUUUCCUACAGAGUCGUCUGCAGUGAACAUUACUACGGAGAAAGCUGUUCAAGACUUUGCAAGCCCCGUGACGAUCGCUUUGGGCACUAUAAAUGUGAAACUGAUGGGAGAGUGUCCUGCCUCAAAGGGUGGAAAGGAGAAUACUGUGCAGAACCCAUUUGCCUGGAUGGGUGCAGUGAGCAGAACGGCUAUUGUAACAAACCUGGAGAAUGCACUUGUCGCCCAGGAUGGCAAGGUCGCUUCUGCAGUGAGUGCAUACCCCAUAAUGGCUGUCGACAUGGGACUUGCCAAGUUCAAUGGCAGUGUAUUUGUGACGAAGGCUGGGGUGGUCUUUUUUGUGACCAAGAUUUAAAUUACUGUACUCAUCAUAAACCCUGCAAAAACGGAGCAACCUGCACGAACACAGGACAGGGAAGCUACACCUGCUCUUGCCCUCCAGGUUUUAGUGGCGUCAACUGUGAAGACAAAAUAAGAGAAUGUGACAGCAACCCGUGCAGGAAUGGCGGCAGCUGUAGGGAUUUGGAGAACGGUUAUAGGUGUGAAUGUCCUCAGGGGUAUGAUGGAAUCUACUGUGAGAAAAGCAUUCUGAAUUGCGGAAACUCGCCGUGCUUUAAUGGUGGCACGUGCCGAGAGAGAGAAAUCGGGGCCAGCUACACCUGCCAUUGCCCUCUAGGCUUCACGGGCUCUAACUGCGAAAAGAAAGUUGACAAAUGCACAAGAAAUCCCUGCCUGAAUGGAGGACAGUGCUAUGAUUUUGGAAAAACACAGUUGUGCCGCUGCCGUCCUGGUUUUACUGGCCCCACCUGCGCAAUUAAUAUUGAUGACUGUGCAAAAAACCCAUGUUCUAAUGGAGGGAUCUGCACUGAUGCUGUCAAUGAUUAUUAUUGUGAAUGUCCACCAGGAUACAGAGGGAAAACCUGUAAUGUCGACGAAUGCAUUUUGCCUUGCAGGAAUGGAGGAACAUGUUAUAUUGGACCUUACGACAACAACUUUAGUUGUGAUUGUCCUCCUGGCUUCACGGGGAAUCUUUGUGAGAAUCCAGUAGAAUCCAAAGUAGAUUUUCCAUGGGUUGCAGUGUUCCUGGGUGCUGGAUUCGUGGGGGUUCUUGUCUUGCUCUGCAUGGUUAUAAUAACUUUUAGGCUUUUCCGUAAACAGCCCUUGCAUGAGACUAAAACAAUGAACAAUUUAUCUGAUUUCCAAAAAGAUAACUUGAUUCCAGCAUCACAGCUUAAGAAUAUCAACAAGAAGAAAGACCUGGAAGUGGACUGUGGCAUUGAGAAAUCGAACUACAAACUGAAAAAUCACACGUUAGACUGUAAUCUAACACACGGAAUGAAAGGCAAUGUCAGUAAUGGGAUCCGAAAAGAAAAUAAAUACCAUUACAGUGAGAAAUGUUUAGAAGAAGAGAAGUUUCCUCUUAGUUUUCACAGUGAUAAGCCAGAGUGUAGAAUAUCAACGAUAUGUUCCUCAAGAGAUUCAAUGUACCAGUCAAUUUAUGUAAUUGCAGAAGAACGGAACGAAUGUGUGAUAGCUACAGAGGUAUAAAACAUGAGUUGAAUAUCCAGAUAUUCACUGUGCAAGGUGUCUCCAAAAGGACAGCUAAGGAACGAGGCCUGCCGUGGAGCUCCGUUGUUUACAGAAAAGGGCUUUGGUGGACCGGAGGGGAUAUUUUUCUCACGCAACUUGCUGCUUUCAGAAGAUCGAAUAAUCUCAGCUGAAGGGUCAAAAACUGUGAACUUGCAGGAUGCAAAAAGACUUCAACCUUUAGCUCUGGAUUUUAGAAACCCGAUCGACUGAAUGUAAAAAAGAAACUGGAAAAAAAAAAAGAAACCCGAGCAAGACAUAAGUUAAUGUUAAAGACGUUUUACUGUUUAAGCUAGUUCUUAAAGUGUCCUUUGAGUUGUUUUUUUUACUCCAUGUCAUAAUGUAAAAUUGCAAAUGUGAGGUGCUGACAGCGAUGGAUGUUGGCAGCCAAUGCCAUAUGGAAUAUACAGUAUGCUUCAGGAUGUGGAUUCACAAUUGUUUAGCUAUGCAGAAUUUCAACUGUCAAUGUUGUCCUCCUGAGUUUUGAAGUGCCUAAAGCAUGUCCAAGAGUCUACAUUGUGUUGGCUAACGUUCACUGCUUUCCCAUGUAAUACCUGAACAGUAUUAAGCUAAGACAAUUGUUUUCACCAUACAUACACUAGCAAGAGGUUUUUGGAUGAACUGCUGUAAAGCAACAAGUGGAUAUUGCUGUUAAAGUUCUUGGGCAUUGCCCCCAAAAUGCUGUUUGGGCAGCAACCUUUAGUCAAAGCCUUACAUUGCGUACCAUGUCAAUCAAGCUGGACUCUUUUAAUAAUUCCUUUUGCACUACUUAUUGUGAUUAGAAGUAUAUUUUGUA